CUUCUACAUGAGCAUGAUCCUGCUGCCUUCUGAAAUACAUUUUUUUUCUUUCAAAUUAUAAGAACUGGAAUAAUAAACAUCCAAAUAAACAAUCCCUGCUGGAGUGAUGAAUGCAGCAGGGGUGACAAACAACCCGCGAUGACUUGAGGCUUCCUCACCGUAGAGACAUGACAAUGACAAACAGCAGGACAUCAAUCAGUGUCUGAGUAGCCUCCUCUGCCUGCUGCCAGCAUGUUUAAAAACAGCUUGAAGAUGCUGCUGACGGGGGGCAAAAACAACAGGAAGAGCCGAAACAGCAGUGAUGGCGGGAACGAGGAGACCAUAGACCUGCAGAGCGCCAGCUUGGAUCCCCUUCACAACUUCACUGGCCAAGGUGGCAGUAUAGACAGUGACUGUGCCUUUGAGGGGGACUAUGCUGUGCCUCCGCUUUCCAUGGCUGAGGGGCUGCAGCACAUCCGUAUGAUGGAGGGAGUGUCCCGAUCUCUGCCCUCAUCGCCUCUGCUCACCCACCAGACCUCCAGCUCAAUACCACCGUCCGUCAGGAAGGUCUUCGGCACAGCCACAGGGGGGUUAGGUCCAGAUCUCGGCCCCCCUCCCUCAGUGGAUGAGGCAGCAAACACGUUGAUGACUCGUCUUGGCUUCCUACUCGGAGAAAAAGUGAGCGAGGGGUCUCAAGGGCCGCAGUACAGCAUGGAUGAGCCUGAUGACGCACAGGGUUUAGGAGUGAGUGGGAGGAUGAGUCCGUGUUCCACCCUGACCAGCAGCACCGCCUCGCCUCCUGCCUGCAGUCCAUGCUCCACUCUUCCUUCUGCUGCUCCAGGACAGGCCGUCACCAGCCCCACAUCCACCCUGGAGAGCAGAGACAGCGGCAUUAUCGCCACCCUCACCAGUUACUCGGAGCCAAUGGACAGGAGCGGGAAACACGGCGACGGCUCUCGAGGCAGCAGCCUGAAGCUCUGGCACUCUCACAGAUCCACUCUGGACUCCAGCUUGUAUCGCGUGGACGAAAACAUGGCCGCCUCCACCUACAGCCUCAACAAGAUCCCUGAGCCCAGCUCCGCCCACUAUUCCUCUCACCCCACCCCCCUCUACCUCAUGCCCCGUCCUAACUCAGUGGCAGCCACCAGUUCGGCACAUCUGGAGGACCUGGCGUAUCUGGAUGAGCAGAGACACGCCCCCCUGCGCACCUCCCUGCGGAUGUCCCGACAGAACACGGGCGCGGGUCGCUCCGGGCAGGACCUGCGAGGUGAGCGACGGCUCGUCCCGCACGUUCAACUGCUUAGCUUCUAUUCACAUCUGCCUGAUGUUGUCCGUGAAUGUCAGCUCACAGAUAUAUUUGGUCAGAAGGCGUGCACAGAUCAGCAGCUUCAUUCUCUCAUUGACUCUUUGCAGUUGUCCACUUAG